AUGAAGCCUUCCGUUGCAUCCACCCACGUUGGAACGCCUAGUGGUCCUUACAACCACUCUUCCCAUCGUGAUCAUGUGUCGACUCAUCACCGACCCAGCAACCAUGCUAGUGGCUAUGUCCACCCGCAGCAGCAACAACAACCCCAUCAUGCCUCAUUUACCAAUAGAUAUCCUGGAAGUGUAGCAGCCGACCAUCAUUCCCAUCCCCCUCCAUCGGCACGCAACAACCACUACCAACCGCCACAGCAGCAACACCAUCACCAUCUUCAACAACAACAACAGCAGCAGCAGCAACAUCAUCAAGGAUUUCACUAUCCGCCUCAACCGCCACAUUUGGAGCAUUAUCAAGGUCAACCGGGUUCACUAGAAUGGGGGACUUCCAUCCCGCAGGCGCAUCAGUCGCCGCCGCAACAAGCAGUACCCCUCCCGGUGGCUCCGCCAGCCCAACCCUACCGACGCUCCGACCGAGAUGAACACGCCCCUUUCAACCCCAAACCACAGUAUCACCACCAUCAACCACAACAACAGCAGCAGCCUCCUCCCGUCGUACCCCAACAACACUACGCUCAGCACUUGCCUGGGCAGCAACAACACCACUCUCUGCCUCCGCGGGCAGCUGUGGUGGUGGCUCCCACGGGCUCUGGAGCGGGAUUGACCAACAACAACAACAACAACGGCAACAGUAGCAGUAGCGGUAUCGUCCACAACUCGAAUGGUCCAAGUAGUCGAGCUUCGUCUUCUUCACCAUUUGGAACUGGAUCAUCCCCUCAGCGCCAUCAGACCCCUCCGAUCGCCACUCAAGAUGAAAACGCAGUUUUCAGGAAGGUUCGAGGAAUUCUCAACAAACUCACACCCGAAAAAUUUGAGAAGCUCACAGUAGAUAUCCUCAAUGUGGGCCUGGAAUCCACGGUCAUUUUGAAAGGUGUUAUUCUUCUGGUGAGUAACUAA